UCCUGGCGACAUGACGUUCCUAAAAUAACUUUAACGUUAGCGAUUCGUUCCCCGAAAGCUGACACCGAACAGCAUGUUUUAAGCUAGCUCCUUAGUCCAGCUCAUCUUCACUGGUGUUUGUAAACCAAAGGCAUUAUAAACAUGUUCGGUGUUACACUGUAGGUGUUAGGAAGAGGUGUGCAAAGAUAUUUUUAAAUUAAGAACGACAUUAGUCUCUGGAUAUCUUCGGGUUUGGGGUUUUGUAGGGCGGAGGACGUCUUUAUUUGGAUUUAGUCGAUACGAGAAUGCAUCAAAGUCAUUCAAUAUAAAGUUUUGAAAAGAGAUUUAAAAAAAUCAGCGAGGACGUUGCAUUUCCUUUGAAAGGCGCACGCAGGUGCUAUUUGACUGUAAGUGGGUCAAAUCAGAAUAAGAAUAAGCCAGCUCUAUUUUUACUCUACUUUUACUCUUGUAGGAUAAAAAAUGAUUACAUUGUUUCUGGGGGGUACCUUCUUUUUAAAUGCAUGUUGUGUUAUACAGUAUGCUGUAAUUGACGUUUUUCUAGGAAACUAGAAAAUAGGUCGGCAAUUAAUUGAAACAUCUGCAAACAUACUCGGAAUUACUAUAUAUAAGGCAAAAAAAAGAGUUUGUACAAUUCCAACAAACUUUAUUCUUCAACACAUCCUGAACUCUUUUCGACAAACUUUCGUAAAGUAGCCUUCAGGAAUAACUCAGAAGUCUUCCCGAAGGACAUUCAAAGCUCUUGUGUGUUGUUAUUGCCAUGUCUUGACAGCCUCCCUUCCACUGAAACCAUUUCUGAUGAAACUUCAUUGAAGACAAUGGGUCGUGAAUGGAUCAUGAAGGGCUAAAUGCAUCUCUCGGUGCUGUGUCAGCCCAGCAAACACCUGCUCCUAAAGCUCACAGGAUAAUCAUGGACUCCAACAAAGUGGUGGAAAACAUCUACCUCCUGGUCAUCGUCACUCUUGUCAGCGUGCUUCAGAAUGCUUUUUUCGCACAGAAGGUGGAGAGGGAAUGCAAGAACCAUAAUACCCGCACAUCAGCUUUUGAGCGAGUGUCUUGUGCCAAUCGCAACUGCAUGGAUGCUUACCCAACUUUCUUGGCAGUAAUGUGGUGUGCUGGUCUGUGUCUCAGUCAAGGUAAUCAUUCAUGAAUGUAAAGGAGGCUGUAAACAGUGCACACCCACACAGGAAACAAAAGCAAACAUUCAGAAAAGUGUUUGUUCUCUCCUUGUACAAUACAACACAACACAAUCCAAUAUGCCUGAAACGCUGCUGUUUUUCAAAGGUAGAAAGUCAGAUCUGCACAUGACUUUACUGACAUUAACCUUCUGUGGAUCAUGCUGCUACAAUUUAAGGAUAAGCUUUAGGCCAAACCGAUAAAAUAAAAUAAAGCACAAGCACAAGUGCUGACAUAAAAUGCAGUUCCUCUAGUGGCUACUUGAGGCUGGAUCCAACAGCAAGUUAGUCUCCAUAUAUUCCCAUGUCAGCAGACUGGGAGCUUAAAAUACCAACCUGUGGUUCAAGCCAGAGUUGUGGUCCAGAGUUUACAUCAACUCAUCAUGGGAAUGAAUGUCAUGCUAAUUUGGAGCUUUUAAUGAUUUCUUUCAACUGUUCUUUUUUCUGUGUGUAGUGAUUUGUUUGAAUUUAUUUUGGAUUCUUUGUAAUCCACACAUGGUCAAAAGUUUAGAUACAAGCUCCAAUAUAUACCCCACUAAAAUUUAGCUAAAUGUCCCUUAGUAAUUUGGACCUCAACCAGAUGCUUUUGGUAGCCAUCAAGAACCUUCUGGAAUAACUCUGGUUGGAUAUUUGACAAGUCUUGUUGGAAGGAUUGGUAGAUUGCAUUUAAAUUGGCUGAUUUCCUGGCACCAUCCUGGCUUAGGGUAUAGGGUUGAGGUCAGGGCUGUUAGCCUGUUCAAUGUUAGCCAUUUAGCAAACACACAUCGAAAUCAGUUUCGAUGUGUGUUUGUUAUCGUUGUCCUGUUCAAACACCUAACAGUUUUUCAACAACUGUGUUUCAACAAGUUUUAACCGUCUUGCUGCUGAUU